AUGGAAUGGCCAGCGAAUGGUGUUAAAUUGCUGGCCCCCAGCACGCAGGGUUUUGAGCGGAGGCCACUCAGAUUCAAGAUCAGCACAACAACCGUUGAACAGCAGCCCGACAGCACUGCGCUAGUCACUAUGAACGAUCGACACGCUGAGCAACAUAGAGACCAGAGCAAGCCAUGUGUAUUUGCAUGCAUGUCGAAAGCAAGUCACGAAUGCCACAUGUUUGCACACUGUGACAAUGAGUCUGAAACGUGUUCCACUACUCCUUCAACGGAUGUUCCGAUGGGAGAGAAGGGUUCUGGGUGCAACACCUGUCCCUCUGCAUACUUGUGGUCUGGAAGUGACGAGAACCACGUGGCGAAGCAUACUGACGAGAGGCCAUACAGGAGCGAUGUCUGCCUUGCAGAGUUCAGCCUGAGCGGGAACGUACAGCAGCACAAGCGCACACACACGGGCGAGAAGCCAUACAAGUGCGAUGUCUGCCCUGCAGAGUUCAGCCACAACGGGCACUUACAGCGUCACAAGCGGACACACACAGGCGAGAAGCCAUACAAGUGCGAUGUCUGCCAUGCAGAGUUCAGCCAGAAGUUCAGCCACAACGGGCACCUACAGCGUCACAAGCGGACACACGCAGGUGAAAAGCCAUACAAGUGCGAUGUCUGCCACGCAGAGUUCAGCCGCAGCGGGCACCUAAAGCAGCACAAGCGGAGACACACGGGCGAGAAGCCAUACAAGUGCGAUGUCUGCCCUGCAGAGUUCAGCCACAACGGGCACCUACAGCAGCACAAGCGGAUACACACAGGCGAGAAGCCAUACAAGUGCGGUGUCUGCCAUGCACAGUUCAGCCAGAGUGGUAACCUACAGCAGCACAAGCGGACACACACGGGCGAGAAGCCAUACAAGUGCGAUGUCUGCCCAGCAGAGUUCAGCCACAACGGGCACCUACAGCGUCACAAGCGGACACACGCAGACCUGAGGCACAGCACAAACCUGCAGUGUAACAAGAAGACCUACGUGGGUGUGAAGCCAUACAAAUGCAACCUCUCUACUGCAGAGUUCGCGUAG